AUAUUUUAAUUAAUUAAAGAGUAACUAGCCGAUUUUAAUUAGAUAUCAUUUGGAUGAAACUCAGAGUUUACCGAUACUUGAAGGAUUAAAAGAGCAAAUUCUCUGCAUUAAUUUUUCUUGAGAAAAAAGAUUUUCGACUGGAGCUACCACGUCGUCGUUUUAUGCCACGGCUGUAAUUUCAACUCAUCUCAGGGAAGAAGCCGGCGACUGAAAACUGUAACAGUAUUAAUUGUAAUGGCAGUGUCUCCAAAAUUAUACGUCAAUAAACCUAAAAAAGCGCAGCUGAAGCAACAUCAGCAACAACAGGCAGCUUCUCCGACGCCGGCGCCGCCGUCAAUGGAGUCAUCGUCGAUGGCGGGUGGUGCAGCUCCGCCUCCUCAGCCACCUAAGGAAUCCUUUAUUCGCCGUUACAAGUACCUAUGGCCUAUGCUUUUGGCUGUCAAUUUCUCUAUUGGAGCUUACCUAUUCAUGAGGACAAAGAAGAAGGAUGUGGGCACUGAGGAAGGAGAAAUAUUAGAUGUUCCUGGCGCCUCUGUUUCAACAGCAGCUGCUAUAGCAGUUAAUGAAAAGGAAAAGGAAGUCACUACUACACCUAUUCUGCAGUCUGUGGUUGUACGUGAACCAAUACCCGAGAAUCAACAGCGUGAACUAUUUAAGUGGAUUUUGGAAGAGAAGAGAAGAGUUAAGCCAAAAGAUCAAGAGGAGAAAAAGCGCAUUGAUGAGGAGAAAGCCAUUCUCAAGCACUUUAUUCGAGCCAAGUCCAUCCCGGUUUUGUAAUUUCUGACUCUUGACGAACUUCAACACUCGUAGUCAUAGAGGCUUGGAUGGGAAAUUUAUCUUCAGGUUGGAAUUUCAUCUUUUUCGUUUUUUAAUACAAACAAAGGCUGAAGUAAUGAAUUUGCUUGGACAACGAAGUGAUGCCUAAUCCUAUCUCCAAAUCUUUGUUUUAUGACAAGAAAUUUGUAAAUACAUUUGAACGCUUUAACUGUGUAAUUUUACUGACUGGAAGACGUCGGAUUGUUGUUUUGGUCUUUA